GAUUAAUUGUUUGUAUAAGUUAUACAUUUAGACUAUUGUUUUAGAUUUUUUCUGUCAACAAAAUCAAAGACUAUUUGAAGGUCAGUGAAGACAAUGACAACAGCAAUGAAGGACUCGUUUGAUCGCUUCGGCGAUGAUUUGUGUCAACUAUUGCUAACAAAUCUGCCGAUAAAAGACAGACUUAUACUGCAAUCGGUGUCCAAACAGUGGUUGGCAUUGAUAUUCAAUACACAAACACAUCUAGUAUUUAAUAAAAAACUAUUGAAUAAAAUGUCUUUGGACUCAAUGAGUGACUAUUAUCAGACAAUCAAAUUGUUUCAUGUGUUGGUCCGGAAGUGUCGUAACAUUACCGCAGUUACCAUAAAUGUUGGUUCAAUACUUCCCGGUGCUGUCCAUAUGAUGAGCCGUUUCAUCAAUUUAUUGAUCAAAUACAGUCACCGAUUGCGACACAUCUCUAUUAAACUUGAUUACGACGGCCUCUGGUCGGUCAUCGACCGUACGUUUGAACGGUUUUUCUGGCGUUUUGGCCAACAGUUGUUGACAUUCAAGUUUCAAGGCUAUAAUUAUCAGUUCAAUAAACAAUUGUUUUACGAAGUGGUCGACGCUAUGCCUAACCUGAAGACAUUGGAUAUCAAUUGUAAGCAUCCUUUCAAUCCUGAAAGUACUGUCCAAUUGGACGAUAUAUUUAUCGGCAAUAAUAUGUGUUAUUUAUUGCCGGAAUCGUUACAAUCUUUAAACAUAAAACUUGCCGAAACAUCUCUGCCAUUGUUCGCUAAUUUUGCCGAUAUUUUUGGCCACCAAUUGAUAUCAUUGACCAUACAAUUUGAUGACUUAGUUGUUAAUGAUGACAACGACGACGGCGACGAAGUAUGGACUGCUAAUCUAAAGCCAUUAUCGGCCGGUUUUCGACAAAUGCCGCGAUUAAGACAACUUAAUUUUGAUUUGCCGAUCGAUUUUGGGGCCGACUUUAGUGUGGAUUUAUUUUCGACAAUUGGCCGCAACUGUCGACAACUUCGAUCAUUAGAUUAUAAAUCAUAUUUUGGAAAUAUAUUGAAAAUUAAGGCCAUAUUUGUCGCUAUUAACAAACAUAUGUCUAAACAAUUGCAGCGAUUAUCGCUUGAAUGGAUGUGCAAUAAUGUUGACGACAAUGAAGACUUAGAAGAAUUAUCACUGACCAGCGAUUCCCUAAACCGAUUGCACGGUUUAACACAUUUGACACUCCGGUUAUACGACUGGGAUAUAAUUGGCGAACAAUUUUUUCAGGACAUUCAUCUAAAUCUUCCGCGACUACAGUCCAUACACUGCGACAAUGCGCCCAUCACUGAGAAGUCCGUCCAAUCUAUCGGACAGUUAGCACAGCUAAUGGAUGUCUGUAUUCUGUCGGACAGCAAAUAUACGGCUAUAAAAAAAUCCUAUAUUUUCAAUCAUUUACUAAUCGAUACAAAAGCUAAACACUUGUAUUUACAAUAUAAGGAUUCAGUACGUGUUAGACAACGUAUGUUUAAAUGUGGAAAAUAUCUAAAUAAAGAUUAUAGUAAUUAUAAUAUUAAUGAUAAAAAUAUUGAUGAUAGCGAUGAUGACAUUAGUAGUGGUAUUGAUGUUAUUAUUAAUAGUUAUAAUUAUACAUUAUAUGAUAGCGAUGAUGAUUAUCAAAUUAAUACAAUUAUUUUAUAA